CGCACGCGCGCCAAAGAGCAUGCGCGAGAAGCCUGUCGCGGUAGGGGCUGGGAGGCGGGGCGUCGCUCGGUAGGCCCAAGCCAAGAAACAUGGCGACUCGAAGGCGUUCUAGGUGCCCACCCUUAGGGCUGUGAGAAGGCCUACCUACCACCUCGCCUCUCUACCUCAGGCCUUCAUCGGCUUGCUCGCCAUGGCCCGGCAUAGGAACGUGCGUGGCUAUAACUACGACGAAGACUUUGAAGAAGAUGAUCUCUAUGGACAGUCUGUAGAGGAUGAUUUUUGCAUUUCACCCUCAACAGCUGCUCAGUUUAUAUAUUCAAGACGGGAUAACAAAGCAGGAUGUCCUGAACCAUUAGAAGAAGAAGAAUAUGGCUAUGAAGAUACAGAACAUAGCAACUGUGUCUCUCAGAAGUUAACUGAAAUACAAAAAGCUCAACUUGAGUCGUGCCUUGACCAUAUGAGAGAAGUGCUUGGAGAGUCUGUGCCAGAGAAAGUGAUGGUGGAAGCAGUGCUGCAUAAUAAAUUUGAUGUACAGCAAGCUUUGGAUUCUGUGCUUUCACAAGAUAAUAAGCCAAAUCUGAAGACAAAAAAUGAGGAUCCUAUGCUUACAGGGAAGGCACCAAAAGGCUUAUUUUGUUCAGAAAUAUUUUCUGGUGUUAACUUAACUAACAUGGUGGAACACACCUCAAAUUCUUCUCCCCCCUGCUUUAGUCUUGGUGGUCCUAUAGCCAGGUUUGAAUCACCUCAUAUCCCUCCAGAUCCAAGUGACAAAAUUCUCUUCAGGCCCAAACAUGUCAAUGCACCUUGGAUCAAAAAGAAACCCUUAAUGUCUUCUUGCAAGUCCUUGGGGCAGCUUUAUCUUCCAUUCAGUGCCAAUAACAUGACACUUGAUGAAUCAUUCAGAAAAGAAGCAUCACUCCCAGUAGCUGGCAGCAAAGUGGAUUGGCAGUCUUGUAAUGAAUGUAGUUCAUGCUUUAGUUCAGGGGCUGAAAUGCUGAAAGAAUAUCCACCAGAAAAGAGCUCAUGUAAUCAUUUGAAAUGUGAAGGACUUCAGGACUUGAAGUCCUUGUUGAGACUUAACAAAACUGGUGACUCGCUGGAUGCUCAAGACCUUACAUUGAUUGAUUUUCAGAAAAAAUCUGGAAAAGACCGAGAUUCUCACACAGGAAGAGUUGAACCAGACAUUGUGCCAAAAGUAACCAAAAUGACUGUAUCAGGAAAGAAACAAACUACUGGCUUUGAAAUUCCAGGCAUGACUGUUGAAGAAAAUGGUCAUAAUGCUUUUCCACCCCAAAAAGGACUCUCAUCAGGAGAUGCCAACGUCAAUGUGGGAGCAGCUGAGAUUCUACCUAAACCAGUUCUUCCGUCCCAGACUGUUCAGACAUUAGAAGAACCCACCAUGGCACCAACUCCAGUCAAAAGAUCUGGAAAAGCAAAACAGCAGAUAGAUGUGAAAGCUGAGUUGGAGAAGAGACAAGGAGGAAAACAUUUGCUUAACCUUGUAGUAAUAGGACAUGUUGAUGCUGGAAAAAGUACUCUAAUGGGUCAUUUGUUAUAUCUCCUGGGAAAUGUGAACAAACGAACUAUGCACAAAUAUGAGCAGGAGUCCAAAAAAGCCGGGAAAGCAUCCUUUGCUUAUGCAUGGGUUUUAGAUGAAACAGGGGAAGAGAGAGAGAGGGGAGUUACAAUGGAUGUAGGUAUGACCAAAUUUGAGACAAAAACAAAAGUUAUUACAUUGAUGGAUGCUCCUGGCCAUAAAGAUUUCAUUCCAAAUAUGAUCACAGGAGCUGCACAGGCUGAUGUAGCAAUAUUAGUGGUAGAUGCCAGUAGAGGGGAGUUUGAAGCUGGAUUUGAGACAGGUGGACAGACACGGGAACAUGGCCUAUUGGUGCGAUCUCUUGGAGUAACACAAUUGGCAGUUGCAGUGAAUAAAAUGGACCAGGUAAAUUGGCAACAGGAAAGAUUUCAGGAAAUUGUCAAUAAACUUGGACAGUUCCUUAAGCAAGCUGGCUUUAAGGAAUCAGAUGUAGCCUAUAUCCCUACAAGUGGCCUUGGUGGAGAAAAUCUUGUCACAAGGAGUCAAUCCAGUGAGCUGACCAAAUGGUACGAAGGGAAAUGCUUGCUAGAACAGAUUGAUUCUUUCAAGUCGCCUCAAAGAUCAGUGGAUAAACCAUUCAGAUUAUGUGUAUCGGAUGUUUUUAAAGAUCAAGGGUCAGGAUUUUGUGUGACUGGCAAAAUUGAUGCCGGCUACGUCCAGGUUGGAGAUCGACUUCUGGCAAUGCCUCCUAAUGAAACUUGCACCGUGAAAGGAAUUGCUUUACAUGAUGAACCGGUGGAUUGGGCUGCAGCAGGAGAUCACGUUAGUCUCACUUUGACUGGCAUGGAUAUAAUCAAGAUCAAUGUUGGCUAUAUAUUUUGUUGUCCCAAGGAACCCAUCAAAGCUUGCACGCGAUUCAGAGCUCGAGUCCUCAUCUUUAAUAUUGAAGUCCCUAUUACCAAAGGAUUCCCUGUGCUUCUUCAUUUUCAAACUGUAAGUGAGCCUGCUACUAUCCGGAAGUUAUUGAGUGUUCUACACAAGAGUACAGGGGAAGUCACAAAAAAGAAACCUAAGUGUCUGACUAAAGGACAGAAUGCUUUAAUAGAACUGCAAACACAAAGGCCUAUUGCUCUGGAACUUUAUAAAGACUUUAAAGAACUUGGAAGGUUUAUGUUGCGCUACGGUGGAUCAACUAUAGCAGCAGGGGUUGUUGCUGAGAUUAAGGAAUGAUAACUGUGCCAGGACUUCUGCAAUCCAGCCAAAUGGAAACUGUUAUGUCCAAAUAUGCUUAAUUUGAUGAAUCCAGCCAUACCAGUUGAAGGAACAAAGACAAUUACAUUUUUAAGAAGAAGAAACACAAGAUGGGAUGUUUAGCCCUUGCUGCUGCGGAACAGUAUACCAACAGGGAAAUACGCAUUGCACUUUCUCAUUGCACAAGUUCCAGUAUACUCUCCUUUGAAAACUCCUCCCCGUCCCUUACAUCAGCAGCCCUAGUGAACUUUUCAGAAAAGUUAAUCAGAAUGAUGUAUUAAAUGAUGGCAAAUUAUCAUGAGAAAAAGCUUAUUACUUCCAGCCUUAAACUUUGUUUACAAUUUUGUGAGAACUGCUUCUUUGCUAUACCUUAAUUCACACAUUACUACAAUUGGGCUAAAAUGUUCCCAGUUUUAUACAAAUGUUUUCAAAGACCCAAUUUUUCCUUCUUUUACAAACAACAUGUAAAGCUGCACCUGGGAACUUAAUUCUUUUCCCUCCCGAUUUUAUUUAAAAACUUAUUUGUGUAGACAAGAGUUUGUCUAAUAACAGCUAAUUUUAUUUUUAAAAUUGUAGAAGUAUAAUAAAAUAGUGAUCUGAGCAUAA